GCAUAUAAGUAGUCAGAUUGUCGGCGCUGCUCCACGUCCAUUUCCCCUUCCACUCCCCCAACUCAUUCUUGUACGACCAUCGCCGAUUCCUCAUUAAUCAUCUUGUGACCAGACCAAUUGUUGUCCUGGUCAUCAUCCCCAUCACCCAUUCUUACAUAUAACCGCCUACUUUCCAGUCUCGUAUCUUAUCAAUCUCACCCCUCAUCGUACCAUCACCAUGGCUGCCCCCGCAGACAGCAACCUCAAGAACCUCAAUGGAGAGUGGACAAUGGACAAAACCCUCUCCAACCCCUCAGAGCCCAUUCUCGAGUUGCAAGGAAUGAGUUGGCUCAUGCGUAAAGCUCUUAGCGUCGCAACAGUAACCCUCUCCAUCCAUGAGUAUCCCGAUGCCGCAGAGCCGUCUGUAUGGCACAUCGAUAUCGACCAGACUGUCACCGGUGGCAUCAAGGGUACGACCGAGAGGCGUAUUAGUGACAAUAAGGUACGAGAGCACGAUGACCACAUCUUUGGUCACCUCAAAGGUCAGUCGCGGUUCUUCCGGGGCUCUAAGGGCGAGGACGGAAAGGUGCGCCCUUAUACAGAAUUCGAGACCAAGAUCGACGAGCCCCAGGUCUACAAAUUCCUUAGAGGAGAAGUUCUAGCCGACGGAAGUCCGUCUGAGGGCUUUGUCGUCGAUGAAACUGGUGAAGAAUUUGGCGAGGGAGAGGGGCUCUGGUAUUCCAGCUUUGUGGAGAACCUAGAUAGCGGCUGGACUGCCGAACAGGUUUGGGGAUUCGAAAUCAUUGACGGCAAGCGCUAUUACACUCGCCGUGUUGCUGUCGUCAAGGGCAAAACCUACAAGCUGGCCCGGCUGGUCUACAGCUUCGUCAAGCCACGGGCUGAGUAAGGGCAUCCUACGUGAGACGCUCUUGUUCGCAAGCUGGCAUACAUCAUGGAAAGGAUGCAUGGCAGACAGGGUAGUUACUGCCCUAACACUAAAACCCUAGAGGCAGGGCUCCAUUGCAAGAUGUGACUGCAGAAAUGCUGUCCGCACUAGU